AUGGCGCUGACGGGUGUGAAGAUGACGGAGGAAGUGUGGCUGGCCUGUCUCAGCCACGCCCUCUCAACGGAGAGCGAGGAGAUCAUGGGACUUCUCCUCGGCGACACCCAGGUAAGUUUCCCCGUCAAUUUCUAUUUCCGAUUUACUUUUCUUCACGUCUUUCACGGCGAGGCGGUCUCGGCCUUGGUCUCCGACUUGGGUUUUCUGUAUUCGUAAGCGGUGAUCGACGGUGGUAGGCGGGAGGUGCUUUGGCGUUCAAGUAAUGUGGAGAAUUUUUGUCGUUCUUAUUCCUCGCAUCCUUCUUUUUGUGACGUUAGGGGCGGUAUCUUCGAGCAUGGCAAUAAUAAUAAUGGUUUGUUUAUGACCGGGUCACUUAUUUGUCUCCGUGCUUAUUCCUAUGUACGGACAUUGACAUCAGUUACUACAAUUGCUGGAGUUGCCUAUAUGCUGGAUCUGCGUGUUUUCGUUGUGUAUUGAAUAGGCCUUUGUUGGAACUUUUUUUGAUGCUUUUAGAGUGGAGGUAGUUUCACAUUCACUUUGGCUUUGAUAGACGCCUAUAUGAAGCUUAGACAUUGACAUCAGUUACUACAAUUGCUGGUGUUGCCUAUAUGCUGGAUCUGCGUGUUUUCGUUGUGUAUUGAAUAGGCCUUUGUUGGAACUUUUUUUGAUGCUUUUAGAGUGGAGGUAGUUUCACAUUCACUUUGGCUUUGAUAGACGCCUAUAUGAAGCUUAGAAAUGCAUUUUCUUCCUGUUCGUUCAUCUUCUUAUGGUUUGAGGAGUUUAAAUUGAAUAAUCUUUUACCCUUCACGGUUAUGAAUGGUUUCCUCUCUGAAAUAAGUAUAUUGAGGAAAUUAUUAAUGAAACACGUUAGUAUUUUUCUCAGUUUUUAUUUUUUAAUCCUGAUCUGGAUAUCUUGGUCAUAUUUAUGGCAUAUGAAAGCAUACUUGUAUGAAAAAAAUGUAUUUCCUGUCAGAUUGACUCUUCAUCUGUCGCCACAUGCCAUCUCAUACAGCAUCUAUUUAUCUGUGUGUGUGUGUGUGUGUGUGUGUUGUGUGUACAUCUAUAUAAAUUCGAUUUCCUAGUUUGAAUAUUUGAUGGAAGUUUGGGUUUGAUAAUAGCUGGAGAUAAUUGGAUUUUACUUAGUCCGAACCAUGUCAUUUUUUUAGUCACAACAACUGUCAUCAAAGAGCAGUGCUGGAGAUGAAUCCAAUGCCAUUUUCUUUCUGGACUUUAAGCCCGUUCUUAUGAAAUGAUAGGCUAAUUAUUUGAAGCUCUGUAAAAUAUGACCUAUUUCGUAUCCGAGUAUAAAUUAAUGUUAGAGGACAGAUGUAAGUUGAUGAACACUUUUCAUACUCAUAAUCUUAAAGCAGCCUUAUCUCAUUGAACUAAAGAUCAUUUAUUUGUUAAACGUGACUUGGACAAUGUAAACACGGUAAGCUCUUAUUAUCUGUCAAACUUUCUUUAAACUGUUGAAGAACAUCACUUUUCUGCAUUAGUCAACGUGAUUGCCUUUACUAGAGUCAUGAUAGGUGUUAUUUUAGACGAAAAAUGCCGCCAUUUUUUGGAACUAAUAGUUUCCUCAAAUGAAUUUUGCCAGCAUGCGGCUGAUGGAAGUGUAAUGGCUUUAAUUUGGGGAGCCUCACCUCAGGUGAGGUCUGACCGUCGAAAAGACAGAGUUGAGACUAAUCCAGAGCAAUUGGCUGCUGCAUCAGCGCAAGCUGAGAUAUCCAAAACAUUUGUCAUAUUCAUAGUAUUGAAACUCUCUCCAGAUUAUUUUGUAACAUUUUAUGGGAUGUAAGGUGUUUAAACUUGACCUAGUGUCACAGAAUGACACACAUAACAGGACGGACAACAAGGGUAAUUGGAUGGUACCACUCGCAUCCACACAUUACUGUCCUGCCAUCUCAUGUUGGUAAGCCAGAAUUAGUGAUGCAUUUGCAUUCUUUCCCUGGAAAAAAAAUGAAUGUGAGUUUUUCCUAGGCUGCUAAUAUUUAUCUUGUCUUAUUGCCUUCCUACACGUUUCUUAACUUUUGAUGUUCCGCAAUUUUUUUUUGCUCAAGUCAAUCUGGUUGCUUUCUUUUUUUGAGCUAAGCGCAUGCUUUCUGCCAGUGUUAGUGACCAUUAAGUGGCAACGAUAAUUUAAGGGAUUCAUAGUUACCUUGCUUGUAUUGGCAGCUCUAUUCCAUCCUAGUGUCUUACUGGCUCAACAGCAACAAGGGUUUACAUAUGGGAAAUAUGUUGUCCUUUCCAGUUCUAUCACUGCUGCAUUUUUGCAGCUCUCUUUGUUACAAUGUUGUGUGGAUCAACUGUAACGUGAUUGAUUUUUUUCGUUCCACUCAAUCUCACUGGGUUCAGAGCUUUUUCCAGGAGGAAAAAUAAUGGAGUUAAUCUUUUGAUUGCAGAAAAUUCGAUGUUUCUUUUUGGAAACUUCAUCAAAGGGCAUUUUCUGAUCACAUGGGUGAUAUACUGGAAAAAAGUGCACUCAGUAGACUUGAUGAAAAAUGUGAUGGGACAGUUCUUGGAUGGUUAGAAUGUCCUAAAUUCAGAAAGCAAAAGGGGAACAAUCCGUUUUUUAAUUUCUAUGUCCUCUUUUUGUGAAAUCUUUGCUAUAUUUUAAUAGAUGGAUACAGUUUUCUGAAAGCUGAUAACGUCUUAGUGGAUGGAUUAAACUGUUUCCAUAAGCAAGCAGGUGUCAUUACCAUAUUUAUACGAUUGUGAACAAACUUGAAGUACUUCUAUCUUAUGGAAAGUAAAUGCUAGGCGUCCUUCGUUUAGGUAAAAUUAGACUUUUAUUGAGUUUAUUGAAAUCCAGCGGUUCAUUCCUUGGCAACCAAGGGUCUGCUUCGACUAUGUUGGCUUUACUUCCCUCAGUUGCUCACUUUUUCCUUUUGGACAUAUCUGCCAUGGCUGACAAUUUUCGUGGAUAAAUUGUCUGGAAUUGAUUCUCAUUUAGAUGCUCAGGUGGAACUGAGUUUUUCAGAAAAGUGGAGAUUUAACCACAAGGGGAUGGAGAAUUUGACACAACGUCCAUGCUUGAAUUUUGUUACACGGGACAGAAAAUUCAGAUAUCUUUGAUUUUUCCCUUUAUUUUCUGAUAAAUGAUUUCGAAUAAAUAGCUUUGGAAGCUAUGAUCGAAAAUUAAAAUCGAAUCUGUGGCUGUGUGGUAUGUAAAUUCGCUUCUGAUAUUUAUGUCAGAGGCACAGUUUUUGCUAUCUUUCCAGUGUCUCAUAAAGUUCCAAGUAAAAAUCUAUUUUUUUUCUGUGAACCUAAUUGACGCAAUAAACUUGUUGAUGGGGAAUAUUCCGUGUUCAUUGCUUCAACCAGCUCCAUGAUCAUGCAAUUAGUCUCUUGAAUCUUGAAAUAGUUACCCAAAGGCAUUUUGUGUAACGUGUAGCCAGUGAAGCUUUCAAGUGAGCCAGGUAUUGACUUGCAUUUACCAUCGCGCUGACUAGGCACAGCCAGGCUGAGCGAAAUCUGCGUAAUUCAGGUCAAGCCUUUGGCAGGACCAUGCCCCCAUGCCCUCAUGCUUGAGGGGCUCCAUGAGCUGCUGAUGAAAGGCCUAAUACUGAGGGACGUAUUUUUUUUAUGGGGUGUUCUUCUGAAUAUUGAAAGAAAUAUGUUUCUUUAGUUCAAUAUGCUUCCAGGGUUACUAGAUAGCGUUUUGCUUGAUGCCUUGUAUGACGUUUCCAGCUUCACUGAUGGGAAACCUACAGACAGAUUUAUUUUCUCUCCAAUAUUUCAUUAAAUUUACUGAGUUGACCCCCUGCGAGUUACAACUAGCUAAUGCACGUGCAGAUAUACGAACUCAGGCAAUGUAUCAGCUAUUAGAUUCUGGAUUCGUUGGGUUGAUAUUUUCCUGUUUCAGUGAAGAUUCACAAAAGGUGUGGGCCAAAGUUUUCUAACUUGUUACAAUUGUCAUUGGUUUUUGUCCUCGUCCUACAGUGACAUAUGCUAAUCUGAGUUCUUUCAGAUUGGAAAAAUUCAGGUCAUAGCUUUUCAGUCCUUGAAUAAGAGUCAGCAACUCGCCUCAAUAAAGAAGUCUUCAGAUGUUGAGCUUGAAUCAUCCUGGAGUUCUGAGAAUACCUUGUCAACUUCAGGAUCUACAUGGAUUGAAGGACUGGAGAAAGAUUCAGGGGAUUCAAAAAUGGCCAAUGCCUCUAAAGUAUGUUCAAGAGAAGUUUGUCCAUUAUUCUCCGUAGUGAUUUAUCUUUCUCUUAUGUAUCUCCCAGAAAUGAAUACAUUUCUAGAUUGUCUGCAAUACCUCAUUAAUAUCCCAUUUUGAAGUACUGACGGAUGAUUCUCACCGUACAUGGAAUGUUGUUUUGGAUGAUUUUCAUCAAACUGAAUCCGUUUUAUUUGAAAGGGUGAAUAUUAAAAUUCUACUAAGUGUAGAUCGCUCUGUACCUUUGUUUCGAUAUCUUUUGUUCCAGAUUUUCUAUUCUACUUUUUUUAAUAUUAACUCAUACAUCAGGCCCUAGUGAAAUUCUCCGAAGGAAUGGAAGUCUCUAAUGCAGAUGGGAGCUAUCUGGGAGGGGAGAAGAUAGAGUCAACUGGUGUUAUACCCUAUGAUGCCAAUGUUUCGAGUAAAAUAGCUAUUGGUAUGGACUUACCAGACAUGACAGCCAGUAUGCAAGAAGCCCUGCAUCGGUCAAACAUGGAUGUGAGGUAUUAUAUGAAGAUGCAGCCGAGCAUAUUAAAACUGUGAUAGUUUGUAAUCUGAGAGGCCAAAGUUUUAGUUGGCUGCAUUCUUUGAUCACACAAUCUCGUAUGAGCUGUUUUUGACUUAUAAGUGGAGAUGCUUGAACUGUAUGCAUCAAAGAAUUAAGGAAGCUUAUUCUUUGCUACAAAGUGAAAGCCUAUGAUAUUUAUUUUCAAUCUUUCUUUUUUCGGGCUUGUGGAUGGAAGAGGGGUUGGCGGUUGACUUUUGGAUUAUAGUCUAGCAUAUUAUUUUAGUGCCUGAAUGCCAACUCUGAUUGUUUUCCUUUUUGUUAUUUUUCUCUCUAAUUUUAGUUUAGUUUCAAAUUUUAUUGGGCAAAAAUCUCGAAGUAUAUUUUCCUCCCCAGUGAAAUUCCACAUCCGUUUUUUCAUCAUUUCAUAUUCAAACAUGACCUCCCAAAUGAUUUAGCAUAUUAUUAUAUGUAGUUCGAAAAAAGAAACUUCGUUCUUAGAAAACAUGAUACACCAAACCACGAAAAUAGAGUGAGAUUUAAAAUUCUAAAAUUUUACUCAUUGAAUUUUUUUUGACCAUCAUACAAAUGCCGACUUUCUGCUUCUGUCAGAGAUAUUCAUGCAGUUCAUCGGUUGUGCUUGAACCCAAUUUUGUUCAACUUUCAGUUGUGAAAGAACUUUUGACACAUAAUUUCUUUCUAGGUGAAUUUUACCUUCUAAAGAUGUUGUGUUCCCCCAUUUAUUGAUAUCAGUAUUCUGAAGGCAACUUACUGGAUCUCUGUUGGAGAUAAGAGCUAUCAUAAUAUAUGAAUGGAAUAUAAAAUUUAAUAUUGAAAAUAGCAAACCUCACUGAAGGCUUAAUCUAUUGGACCAUUGGACAUAUACCUUCUUUCUGAGCCUGCCACUAUUUGUAGAAUGAUGCGACAUGUAGUGGGGAGACAGAUUGCUCCUCCAUUUCCCUUGAUAAGUAGUUCAUUUUCAACAAGAUGGAGUGGGUGAGAUUGUGUAGGAUUCAAAAAGAGCCUUCAGCUCUUUCUGGAUUGCUAGACUCAGUAAGAUUGUCUCAAAACCUGGUUGGUGUAGUACAGUGAUGAUGCAUGGGGAGUCUUUGAGAGACCGUGUGUUUUAAACUUUCAUAGACGUUUCCUUUCUUUUCAAUGAUAUUGCAGUGUUAAACACCUUGAACAAAAGAAUAGGUUCUUUGCAAGUUUGUAUCUCAUGCUACAAUCUUCAUCUCUCAAGGAAUUGAGUGAAGGAAAUCUUCAGUUUCUUUUCCCAUAGAUUUUGUAUCAUCUCUCAAUGACAUUGCUGUUUCUUCUGGCUUACUUAUAUAUAGACAUUGUAGUGAGUAGUAAACGCUGCAGUUGCCAGUCGGACUACUAUUGUGUUCUUAAUUUAUGAUUUUGAAUAAAGCGGUGCAGAGUACAUAAGGAAAGAGAUUCCUCUUCAGGUUUUGCCUAAUUGGUCUCUGUUCAAGUUUGAUUCUCCCUUGAGCUCCUUCACUGCUGUACAACAUGUACUUUUUGAGGAGGAACAAUCAGCAUAUAACCAGUCACUGCUACAUAAUACGAGGUAACUGUUUCCAUGCUUUACUUUCUCCAGUGAUAUGCCAUCAUCAUGUUUCCAUCUUUGAUGAUUUCCCUGUGAAUCAGAGAUGGGAAUAUGCACCCACUUGCAUUCGUUCAUCACACAUCAACAUACCAAGCCUCGCUGUGCAAGUUAAUGGAAUACUGGUCUGAACUGGAUCCUGUUUGUUUGUUUCCUGCCCAGACUCUGUAGCAGCGCCACUUUCUUUAAGUACGUCAAUUCUAAAAUGUUAACCUGUUUCUUCAGCUUGAUCCCGGCCAUAAAUGUGCUUCAGGACCGUCUAAAGGAAAACGAAAUCCAGGUGCUUCAGCCAUGAAUUUACUUAUAUAUAUAUAUAUAUAUAUAUGUUGGGAAGUGGUGCUAAUCUUGUUUUGUCGGAACAGUUGGCUAUGCUGACAGAAGAAGCCAAGUCCUUGGAGCUUGAGGUCCUCGGCAGAGAGAGCAGAUCGGCAGCAGAUUCUCAGCGGCGCUUGCAGUCUCGAGGAUCUCGAACAACUAAGCCUACUGCCCGAGGAGGCUCACCUUCCUCUGACUUCAUUGGUUUAGGAAGCGAGGGUAGCAUUUCUGGGCGAAGUAGAAACGCAUCCCAGCCUUAG